AUUUUGAAAGGUCUCUUGUUACUUCGGCUCCAACGCUGGACGGUUUGGUCUGCUCGCCUCUGCGGGUCCCAGUGUUUGUUAGAUCGAUUCGUACUUCUCAUUCAACGGCGUCGUAUCUUCUUUACUGUACUCUCCUUUCAACCGUCUCCACAUCCUCUCCUAGUUUUUAGUCCCUUUAAUUAAUGCAGUUUAAAUCCAACAAAAUUAUUACAGUUAAAAAAAAGUCUCUCCAGAUUCAUAUUUAUCAACUGCACGUCAAAAAAAGAAGUUUCUGGUCCUCAAUGGCUGCCAAGCUGGGUUCGUUUAGGUACUCUCUUCUAGAGAAAAGAGAGAGAACAAAGGGGUAUUCAGUAUUGGGAUUCACCAACGAAGAAGAAGAACAACAAGGACGGAGAUGCUUUUCUUACAGAUUCAUAAGCAACAAAGUAAAUGGGUUCCUAAAGGAGAUUCAACAUGUUUCAGUCAAGGCAUGGCAGAUGGGCAAAUCCGAUCCCAGAAAGAUUAUUUUCUCCGCCAAGAUGGGUCUUACCUUAAUGCUUCUUUCCUUGCUUAUUUUCUUGAAAGAAGAACCCAUCAAGGAGCUAAGUCAAUACUCUGUUUGGGCUAUUCUCACUGUUGUUGUCGUCUUUGAAUUCAGUAUAGGAGCUACUCUUAGCAAAGGAUUUAACCGUGGGCUGGGGACACUAUCGGCUGGAGGGCUCGCCCUGGGUAUGGCCGAAUUGUCGCAGUUGGCUGGACAAUGGGAAGAAGUUGUUAUUGUUAUUAGCAUCUUUAUCAUAGGAUUCUUUUCAACUUAUGCAAAACUAUAUCCAACGAUGAAGCCUUAUGAGUAUGGAUUCCGAGUGUUCGUGUUGACAUAUUGUUUCAUAACAGUAUCUGGGUAUAGAACAGGGGAAUUCUUCCAUACGGCUGUGACACGAUUUUUGCUAAUAGCACUUGGUGCCAGUGUUUCUUUAGUUGUUAAUGUAUGUAUUUACCCUAUCUGGGCUGGCGAGGAUCUACACAACUUGGUGGCAAAAAAUUUUAUGAGUGUGGCAAAUUCUUUAGAAGGAUGUGUUAAGGGCUACCUUAACUGUGUUGAAUAUGAAAGGGUCCCUUCCAAAAUUUUAACUUAUCAAGCUUCAGAUGACCCAGUUUACAGUGGCUACAGAUCAGCUGUAGAAUCUAGAAGUCAAGAGGAAGCUCUGAUGGGCUUUGCCAUCUGGGAGCCACCUCAUGGUCCUUACAGGUCAAUUGGUUAUCCAUGGAAGAAUUAUGCCAAAGUAAGUGGAGCACUAAGGCAUUGUGCAUUCAUGGUUAUGGCAUUGCAUGGCUGUAUACUUUCAGAAAUACAGGCUCCACCUGAAAGGAGACAAGUCUUUCGUGAUGAACUUCAGAGGGUAGGUGCUGCAGGUGCUAGAGUGCUGCGUGAGCUUGGGAACAAAGUUAAAAAGAUGGAGAAAUUAGGUCCUGUUGACAUACUAUUUGAAGUACAUGAGGCUGCAGAAGAGUUGCAAAACAAAGUUGACCGAAAAUCAUACCUUCUUGUUAAUGCUGAGAGUUGGGAAAUUGGAAAUCGAGCACAUAGUGUAGCAGAGCCUCAAGAUUUACUGAACUUCGAUAGUGAAGAACACAAAGUCCUGGGUUAUAAGUCCCUCAGUGAAGCAGUACUUGAUCUUAGGUCAGUUACCAUACCAAAAAGUUGGGAUGAUCUGAAGAAUAAUGUAGGUGUCAACCCCAUAGUCCCUCCUGGAGCACCCUCUGAAGACUUACUUAAGAAGCAGAUAUCGUGGCCAGCGCCUACUUUAUUUACUGCUGAUGCAGUGCCACAUUUGGAAGAGUCAAAAACAUAUGAGAAUGCAAGUGCAUUGUCAUUGGCAACAUUUACUUCGCUUUUGAUUGAAUUCGUUGCAAGGCUGCAAAAUGUGGUCGACUCAUUUGAAGAGUUGAGCCAGAAAGCAAACUUUAAGGAAGCUGAUGAGCUACCAACGGCAGCAAGAGAGCCCACUGGCCUUUGGUCCAGAUUGCUUAGAUGUCUUAAGUUUUAGAAAGAUUAGAAAAAUACAAAAAUGGAAUUGGUCAGAGCCUAAAUCAAGAAUAAUGGCUUAAGAUGUGGUCUCAACAAGUUCGGGAAGAUGGCAAAAAUAUUUCUGCAUUAAUGCGGAUGCUUUAUAACUUGAUGAGAAUGAUCUGAUGAAAUGGUAAGUGAAAAUUGCUGUCAUGGCAGAAGUUUCCUCUUUGCUUCCAUCCGGUAAAAAUUUCACACCUGCAUAGCAAUGUAAAUGCUCGCCUUCUCAAAUCUGUAGCAAUAGUAAUACCUAAAUAGUGUAGGCUUGAAUGGGUGCAGCAUCGGCAAUAGGAUUUGGAUCAAUAGCGGGCUUGAUCAAGUUUUAGUAGUGCAUAACCCCACGAUUUGCGUCGGAGCCUAUAAUUAAAUUUUAAAUCAUUUUAAAAUUUUAUUUAUAUAAAGUUUAAAUAUUUGUAUUAACAGCAUACCGAAAUAUAUAUUCAAGUAUGUAAACAAUGUUUUGAAUAUUUUACUUUGUAUGAUAAAUAUACG